GCCGUCAGGACCAUCAACGGACACUGCUCAUCUCGAGGACAAGUUAGACAUCUUGCUCCAGGACCAGUUCCUGCUCUUGGCCUUUUGGUGUCAUUAGUGCCACUGUGCGUCUCCUGGCCUUGAAGAAAAUGAGCAUCAAAAAGAAACACCAUCUUAUCACCUUACAGGACCCUGAAGCCAAGUACUCCCUGCCCUUGAUUGAGAAGGAGCAAAUCAACCACAACACCCGAAGAUUCCGCUUUGGCCUGCCCUCACCGGACCAUGUCUUGGGGCUUCCUGUAGGUAACUAUGUCCAUCUUUUGGCCCAAAUUAACAAUGAGUUGGUGAUCAGGGCUUACACACCUGUCUCCAGUGACGAUGAUAAAGGCUUUGUGGACUUAAUUAUAAAGAUCUACUUUAAAAAUGUGCACCCCAAGUAUCCUGAAGGAGGAAAGAUGACCCAGUACUUGGAGAACAUGAAAAUUGGGGACACCAUCCUUUUUCGAGGGCCAACAGGGCGCCUGUUCUACGAUGAGCCAGGGACCCUUUCAGUUAAAAAAGACAAAAUGAGUGAGCCUGAAAAAAAACUGGUUCAUCACCUGGGGAUGAUUGCUGGCGGAACAGGCAUCACACCCAUGCUGCAGCUCAUUCGCCAUAUCACCAAGAACAGCAGCGAUGGGACCAAGAUGUCUCUUCUCUUUGCCAACCAGACAGAAGAGGAUAUUUUGCUGAGAAAGGAACUAGAAAAAAACACCACGACUCACCCCGACCAAUUCAACUUGUGGUACACCCUGGACAGGCCUCCAGAUGGCUGGAAGUACAGCUCCGGCUUUGUCACUGCUGACAUGAUCAAGGAGCACCUUCCUCCCCCUGGGGAGGCCAUACUCAUCCUGGUAUGCGGCCCACCAGCUCUGAUCCAGGAGGCAGCUCACCCCAGCCUGCAGCAGCUUGGCUAUACCAAAGACAUGUUUUUUACCUAUUAACACCUUCCAUCCUCCUUAACUGGUCCCUGUCUGUUUCAGAGUGAGUUUGGCUUCACCCUGUUCAACUAGGGUAUUUGCAGAGUGCCUUUUCAUGUACCACUGGGCAUGAUGUUCUCUUGGUUGUGGGCCUAAGAAGAGUUCAAGGGGCUGAAGACAAAGUGGUUUUUCAGUUUCCAGGCUUGGAGGCUGGGAAGAAAGCCACUUUCUUCAUGGCUUAGUGGAAUAAACUGGAUUACUCUGCA